AUGGCCGAUACAGCAGACGCAGCUCAACCCUCAGAAGAGCAGUCAAAAUUGGCUUCUGAGUCGGAAGAUGUUCCUACCUCGGAGCUACCGAAUACACAUAAUUUCGAGCAUUCUCACUCGAGUAUUGAUGUUUCCCUUCCUCCAAUCGACAAGACUCUUCCGGCCGAGGACACGUCUCUGCCAGCCAUAGAUACAUCGCUGCCGACGUUUGACUCGACGAUACCAGCGCUACCUCCAAUCGAUACUUCAUUACCACCGUUGGACACUACACUACCAGCGAUGGAUGGUCUAAACGGCUCCGAUGAGCAUUUUUCGUUCGACAGGUUCGAUGACCACGACCUUCACGACUGCCACGAGGGUCACGACGGGUCAAGCAAUGGCGUAGCUGGAAACGGGACGCUAGGCCACGAGGAUCAUACUACGGAGCAGCACAGGCCUUCUUCGACCCCUGCCCCGAACAGCGCGACACCUUCAAAUGGUAUACACCCGCCGCCUCCUGGUCAGCAACAACCACCGCAACAUUAUGAGCAACAGCAUGCUCCGCAGCACCAUUAUUCUCCGCAGCAGAACACGGCAACGCAACACCAUCCUCAGCAGCCACCGAACCAGAUGCACCAGCAGUCGCCGGAUAUGUAUCAUAACCAUCAUAGCGCUUCCCCUCCCCUAAAUAACCAUUCGAUGCAAGGGCAACCUUCGCAUAUUCCGCAGGCACCCAUUGGAUCGCCCAUGCCGCCGAUGGCAUCAGUCAGCCAAUACAUGACUGGAUACCCAUCGCAAAUGGGUAUGAACUCGGGCGCGCAGAUGCACUAUCAGCUGCAGGGCGAUUCCAACAAGAUGCUAUCGGGAAGUAGACACAAGAAGGAAGUGAAGCGCCGAACGAAAACAGGGUGUUUAACAUGUCGCAAACGACGCAUCAAGUGUGACGAGGGACAUCCCGUCUGCCGCAACUGUGUCAAGAGCAAGCGUGAAUGCAUGGGCUACGACCCUGUUUUCAAGCAACCGACUCCCUCUGCGAUUCAGCCUGCCCCUAAUCCCCCGCCGUCGCUGGUGGUGAAUCCGCAGGACCCUUCUGCCUCUUUACCCCAGCCUCAACCGCAACCUUCCUACCCUGCUGCUCCUCCCGGCUACGUCCCAGCAUCGUCUCAACCUUUUGCUCCGUCGCAAUCUCCUUCUACAUCUGCCGAGCGCUACGACUACGGCACUCCCAUUGAUCACACCUACAACAACCAGAAUCAUAAUCAAACUCAGUCAAACAACAUGGCUAGUGUGCAGAAUGUUGCUGAUGGGGGCUUACAACCGACUGUCAACCCGGCAACAACGACGGGGAACACGGAGACAACGAGCUUCAGGUUAAAACAAGUGCAAAUUAGCGACCUCCUCGCCCUACGGGGCGUCCCACCUCCCCCUCCCCAUCCUAUCACUACCCUUCCGCCGAACCGUCUUGAAGAAAUCCAAGCCGUUUUCCAAGCGACAUACGCGCCCGCUAUUGAUAAGUUCUUUGAAACGCGGUGGUUCACUGAGAAGGCCAUGAGCCACCUCAUGGCCAAUGCUCAAUUGAUGGCAGAGUACUCUGCAUUGAUCGAGGCGUUCAACGGAGAUCUGGGCGAUCCUAACGUUAUUGCGCAACUGGAAAGCUUUGAAGCGUCUGUGGUCUGGAGUACCAUGACGCUAUGCCGCCAUGUGAUGAACGUCUCUAACGGAAGCCAGCAAGACUAUGACCUUUUGGUCGCGACCAAGCGGCUUGACGUGAUUGAAGCCAUGAUUACCGGCGACCACCUAGAUUCAAACCCGCUUUCCCAGUUCCCGACGCGAGAGCCCGCUGCUGAUCCGCCGACAAUGCCUGAUCAAUUGGUGCGGCGACAGCUGGAUUUCUGGAGCGCGAUUGGUUUCUUCUUGACCCUUCACGACAACGAGGCAAGCGCUGCAAAAGAGAUCGAUGAUACACUGUCGCGUUGCCGAACACUGCUAGAUACGCACGAGAACCGGGACGUCAUCUACUCGAUUGCGAUUGCGCGACACUUGGGCCAGCGAUGGGUCGACUUCCCGCACAGCUUCCCUCAACCAAUCACGACGAAUGAAAAAGAUGCCGGCGCGAAGCUUUAUGUCGCGCAAAAGUUCCUUGAACAAGAGGCCGGCGGCAAGGGCACGACACAAGUGGUCAAACGCUUAUGCGGCAUGGUCGUCCGAUCCUGGUUCGUUUCUCGAGAAUAA